AUGUCCAAAAAUAUUACGAGAGUUUUGUCCAAGUUGUGGGGAUGGGAUUACAUUUUGGCAACAAAUCUACUAGAUACUUUUCACCUGCACUUUGCUCGGCUAGAAUUCACAAUCCCUAUCAUCUUUCUCCGAUCUCAUGGAGUCAUAGUCAUCCUCGCGAGUCAUCAUCCUCCUCGGGUCCUCCUACUCGGGUUGCCUCCAUCUGCUCUUGCCGGUUGCGUCAUCGUGUCUUCCUCUUCUCGCAAGCUCUCCCCGUCUCUUAAGCAGAAGAAAGGGGCAAGAAAAAUGAAGAAGAAUGAAGGCAUAGAGGAAGAAAAGAGUGGGGUUUUUAAUGAGGAGUGA